GGGACGUUACCCCUUUAAAAAGCAGUUGAAAUCGGAUGGCUCUGUCCUGAAAGUCUCGAGGGAGAGAGAGUUGCCGUUUCGAACUCUCAUGGAUAUUGAGGUAUGCCUCUGAUUCAAAUCUGAAACCGAAGAGUUGAGGCGACGCUCAAGCUUCAAUUUGACCUCCAUGAUCAUGAAAGAGCUAUAAAUUUGGGUUUCUAGGAUUUUCAACCAUAGUCUUGAGAAUGGGUUCACUAAACCAUGAGAGUGGAAAACCCCCUGCAAUCAAACUCGUAGAAUCAAUCAAGAAGUCCACUCUCAGCAAAAGAACUUACCAAGCAACAGUCUUAAUUGUGACAUUUUUAGCCUAUGCAAGCUAUCAUGCAUCGAGAAAAACGACAAGCAUAGUCAAGAGUGCUCUUGACCCCGGAUCAUCAGAAUUGAGUCACUCUCACGUCUCAUGGCCUGGAAAUAAAUUUCUGAAGAUGACCAACAAUGCACUUGGUUCGAGGCUUACAAGUGGCUGGGCCCCCUUCAAUGGUGAUAACGGUACUGCCCUUUUAGGAGAGCUUGACCUUGCCUUCUUGUCUUUCUAUGCAAUGGGUAUGUACUUUGCGGGUCAUUUAGGCGAUCGAUUAGACCUCCGAAUCUUUCUUUCUUUAGGUAUGAUAGGAACAGGGUUUUUUACAGCUUUAUUUGGACUCGGUUAUUGGUUAAACAUCCAUAGCUUCAUUUUUUUUCUAGUUGUUCAAAUGUUGGCCGGUCUAUUUCAGUCCACUGGUUGGCCUUCUGUUAUGGCUGUAAUGGGAAAAUGGUUUGGGAAGAAGAAAAGAGGAUUGAUAAUGGGGAUUUGGAAUGCCCACACAUCAGUUGGAAACAUAUCGGGCUCUCUUAUGGCUUCAGCAAUGUUGAAUUAUGGGUGGGGUUGGUCUUUCGUGGUGCCUGGUUUAGUUAUCAGUUUUGUUGGUUUGUUGGUGUUUCUCUUUCUAUCUGUUAGUCCUGAAGUGGUGGAUGUUGGAGUGGAGGAUAGAAAAAGUGAUGGGUCUGUUGACGUGCUGAAAAAGGGGCAGGUUUCAGAGCCAUUAUUGGGAGAAGUUGCAGGUCAAGAGAGAAGUAAUGGAAGAGCAGUGGGGUUUAUCGAGGCGUGGAAGAUACCUGGAGUUGCACCUUUUGCUUUGUGCCUGUUCUUCUCCAAGCUUGUGGCCUAUACAUUCCUUUACUGGUUGCCAUUCUAUAUCAGUAGAACAGAGAUUGGCGGCCAGUACCUCUCUGACGAGACCGCCGGGAACCUCUCGACCAUCUUUGAUGUGGGUGGUGUUGUCGGGGGCAUCCUUGCUGGCCACAUAUCCGACCGCCUCAAUGCCCGUGCGAUCACCGCCGCUACCUUCACAUACUGCGCAAUCCCAGCUCUGUUCUUUUAUAGAGUAUAUGGAGAUAUUUCUCUGUAUCUCAAUGCCAUCCUUAUGUUCAUUGCUGGGGCCUUUGUUAAUGGUCCCUAUGCUCUUAUAACAACUGCCGUUUCGGCUGAUUUAGGCACUGUCGGCGGGGGCCCACGUGCUUUGGCAACAGUGACAGCUAUAAUCGACGGGACAGGUUCGGUGGGCGCAGCAUUGGGGCCUUUGCUCACUGGGUACAUAUCGGCAAAGAGUUGGAAUGGUGUUUUUAUGAUGCUUAUGGUGGCAGCCUUAGUGGCGGGACUUUUGUUGACGAGGUUGGUGAUGGCGGAGGUGUCGGCCAAGAUUGAGAGGGCGCAGCAAUCACAGCCAGUAGAGACGGCAUGGGUCUAGAAGCUUUUCCUUUUUUUUCAUUUUCUUUUGAUUUGGUGAGAAAGAUGGGGGUCGGUUCUGGGUUUUAGCCAUUUUGGUUACGGGGGCUUUUAUAUCAUUCCUUUUUUUUUUCUCUCUUUUUUUUUCUUGUAUUUUUUAUUUUGGUGGUGUAAUUGAGAUGGGUGGUGAAGGUGGGUUGAAGAGGCAUAGAAGGGAGGGUGAAUAGAACUAAAGACGUGAUGUUGUGGUAUAUUGUCACCCUGAUCACCAAUGCCUUGAGAUCGUUGUUAGAGGGGUGGUAUUCUUAAUUGUACAUAGUAUGGGUUUCUUGUGUGUCAGUUUUGUUAGUACCUGGGAUUUGAAGUCAUGGUGUUGGGACCCCUUGUGGCAGUUACAAAUCCCAUUGAAAUAUAUAUAUGUUCCAUUUCUCCUCC